AAGCCCUUCCGGGCCUUCUGUUCGCUCUCCGACCCUUCCAUCUCCAUUCCUUCACUCUCUCUUCUGGCUCGAAGGGUUGAUCCUUACGGAUGGCCAAGGGGAAGAGAGAGAGGAGGAUACUCGCGUUCACGGGUGCCGCGGCGCUCGUGGCCGUCGGCCUAAAUCUCCUCAUCUCAGCCAUCAAGGCGCAGAAAUCGAGGAAGAAGAUAGAUGUUCUGGGAUCAAGGGUCCGAGUCAAUCUUUCUGCAUCUGAAAUUCACAGAUUAAGUGACCAAAUCAUUUCUAAAUCAAAAGAAAUUCAUGAUUUAGUUGCUUCAGUUCCCCUUGAGAAAGUUACAUAUGCAAAUGUUAUCUCACCUUUGGCAGAACUAGAAACUUACCUAUUUCCUUUGGUGCAAUCCUGUGUGUUUCCAAGAAUGGUGUCUACUUCAAGUGAUGUUCGCAAAGCCAGUACUGAAGCUGAGAAGCGAUUAGAUUUACACUUUCUGAUGUGCAGAAAGCGUGAGGAUGUAUAUCAUGCUGUCAAGGCAUUUGCUGAUAGAGGGGAAUGGCUAGGCUCUGAAGCAAAAAGAUACAUUCAAUGCUUGGUUAGAGAAUUUGAACGGAAUGGUGUUAACCUGACUAUGAGCAAGAGGAAGGAAAUGGAGAAAUUAAGAUCACAAAUAGAUGAACUAAGUUUGCGGUAUAUUCAAAACCUAAAUGGUGAUAAUAGUUUCAUUCCCUUUAGUGAGCCAGAGCUAGCUGGGAUGCCUCCCCAGUUCAUCGAGAGUCUAGAAAAAACUGAUAGCGCAAAACUGAAGGUUUUCUUGAAAAGUUAUCAUGUUACUCCAAUACUUGAGCACUGUAAGAUAGGGUCCACCAGAAAGUUGGUAGCUGUGACUUAUGGCCAGAGAUGUGGAAAAGAAAAUCUUGAUAUCUUAGAAAAUUUGGUCCAACUGCGGCACAAAUGUGCUCGGUUGCUUGGCUACUCUAACUAUGCAGAUUUUGCUAUCGAACCUAGAAUGGCAAGGACAUCAUCGAAGGUUUUUGAAUUUUUAGAGGAUGUCUCUGUCAAAGUAAGCAACCUGGCAACUAGAGAGCUUAAUGUACUUGGGGAUUUAAAGAGAAAGGAGGAAGGGGAUUCUCCCUUUGGAAUGGAAGAUCUGCUAUAUUACAUGAGAAGGGUGGAAGAAGAACAACUUGAUCUAGACCUUGGAGAAGUUAAACAAUAUUUUCCUGUCAACUUAGUUCUGUCUGGCAUUUUCAAGAUAUUUCAAGAUCUGUUUGGUUUAAAAUUUGAGGAAAUUAAAGAUGUUGAUGUCUGGCAUGAAACUGUCUGCCUGUACUCUGUUCUGGAUUAUAGUUCUAGCGAGCUUUUGGGGUAUUUUUACCUUGAUAUUUUUUCCAGAGAAGGAAAAUUUGCUCAUACUUGUGUUCUGCCACUUCAAAAUGGCUGCUUGUCUUCUAAUGACACACAUCAGAUUCCAGUUGUGCUAUUAAUAUCUCAAUAUCCAAAACAAAUAGAUGGGAAACCAGUGCUGUUGAGGUUCUCCGAAGUUGUUAGUCUUUGCCAUGAGUUUAGCCAUGUGGUCCAUCAUAUAUGCAGUCGAGCGACUUUUUCUAGGUUUUCUGCACUACGGGUCGAAGAUGACUUUGUUGAAAUUCCUGCUCAUGUUCUUGAGAACUGGUGUUAUGAGAGCAUCUCCCUGAAAAUGAUGUCUGGUUUCCAUCAGGAUAUCACAAAAUCUGUCACAAGUGAGAUGUGUAAAUCCCUCAAGAGAAGGAGAGAGAUGUUUUCUGGCCUUAAACUAAAGCAAGAAAUUCUUCUUUGCCUGGUUGAUCAAAUUAUACAUUCAAGUGAGAAUGUGGACAUAGUAGAGUUACUCAAGCAUCUCCAUCCUAAGGUAAUGUUAGGAAUACCGUUGUUGGAAGGGACCAACCCAGCAUCAUGUUUCCCUCGCAUUGCUAUUGGUUAUGAAGCUGUCUGUUAUAGUUACAUCUGGAGUGAGGUUUUUGCUGCCGAUAUAUUUGCUUCGAAAUUUCAAGAUGAUUUGCUAAACAAGUAUGCAGGAUUGCAGUUCAGGAAUAAGGUAUUAGCCCCAGGAGGAGCUAAGGAACCCCUUGAGAUUCUAUCAGAUUAUCUUGGAAGAGAACCAUCAAUUCAGUCAUUUGUUGAAUGCAAAAGCAAGAAUGAUUUAUAAAAGGGCAUCUUACUUAAUUGUGGAACAAAAAUCAUUCUAGAACCAUAUGUUACAUUCAUAUAUUUGUGCUAGGAUAAAAGAAGUUUUGCACAGAGUAUUUUCAAUUUAUUGGUUUGGAGUAUUAUUUUGCAAAUAUUUGCUAAUCUUUUUAUUGGCAUCAAGCAAAAGACAUAAACUACAAACCAAACAGAAGAACAAAAGGGGUUGACGAAUUGUCUUGAUGAGAUAGCCCGUAUCAAGGUGAAGACAUGCUGCUGUUGAUUCGGCAAUUCUGAAAAGAUUGACCAGGACCCUGGAAAAAAAAUAUAUAUGCUCUAGAUUUUGUUGGUAUUGGAAUGGACACCACUGACUUGUUUGUGGAUGAGAUUGUCUCCAACUGAGCCAGGGAAAACAGUGUGGUGUGAAUGCACUUGGUUGUGGUCAUGUGGAUCAGACAUCUGCUGGUUGGAGAUGUAGGAGCAUGCAACAUUUAAGUGGUUGCUGUGAAGACAAAUAUCUCUGGACCGACUAGCUGUAGAACAAGACACCUGAGCAUGGCACAGGAAGAGUUCUAUUCUUAUCUUUUGGUUGGUUUAUGUGAUCAUUACGUCUUUGGGUGCAUGUCAAUGGACAUUCCAACUCUCUCUGGAAGACUUGUUGAAACAUGCGAGUAGCAUCAGAUUCUUGAGCUUUCUAUUCAAAGAUGCUGACCGUUUAUAUGCACCUUGUUUUAUGUAGUUGCUGCUUUUGGGUGCAAA